AGGGAGGACAAGAAUGAAGAAAAGAGGGUUGGGAAUGGUCCCCACUUACCUAAGUACCCUUUCCCCUUCUUAUUCCCUUCCUUAAGGUCUUGUUGGUACCUGCACCUCAGAGCCUCUUGAAAGAAAUGGCUGGCCUUCCGGACAGCACUCUGAGGAUUGUUCUGGUGGGGAAAACCGGAAGUGGGAAAAGUGCAACAGCAAAUACCAUCCUUGGGAGAGAAGAAUUUGCUUCUAAAAUUGCUGCCCAUGCUGUUACCAAGACCUGUGACAAAGCAGAGCGACAAUGGGAGGGGAGGAAGCUUCUUGUCGUGGACACCCCAGGGCUCUUUGACACCAGGGAGACACUGGAGACCACCUGUGAGGAAAUCAGCAGGUGUGUCCUCUUCUCCUACCCGGGGCCCCACGCCAUCAUCCUGGUUCUACCACUGGGCCGCUACAGUGAGGAGGAUAAGAAAACAGUUACAAUGAUCAAGGCCAUCUUUGGGGAGCCAGCCAUGAAUCACAUGAUCGUCUUGUUCACGCGCAAAGAUAGUUUGGGUGAUCAGACACUGAAUGACUUUUUAGCAGGAGCAGACAUAAACCUGCAAAGCGUCAUCAAGGAGUGUGGGAACCGCUGCUGUGCCUUCAAUAAUGAGCAAAGUGCAGGUGAGGCUGAGAAGGAAGCUCAACUGCAGGUGCUGGUGAAGCUGAUAGAGGAAAUGGUGGAGAGGAACAGAGGGGCUCACUUUUCUGAUGCCAUCUACAAGGAGGUAGGGAAAAAGCUGCAAAGUAAGGAAGAGGCCUUGAAGAUAAUCUAUGAUGAUCAAUUACAGAAGGAAACUAUACUAGCUGAAGAGCAAUAUGCUGAGGGAAAAAUAUCACUGCAAGAAAUGGAGGAGAGAAAAAAAUCCUCAUGGGAGAAGUAUAAGGAAAAUAUUCAAAAUAUUAGAGAAGAAGCUGGAAGAAAUAUAUUUGAAGAUAUUGUAAAUGGGAUUCAGAAUAUGCUUUCAAAUAUACUGAAUAUGUUUAGGAAAUAAUGUAAAUUUUAUUUUUGUAUCUUAAUUUACUAUGAUUUGUUAAUGUGAUUAAUUGUAUCUUCCAAAGAUGACUAAAACAAUAUAUCCUAUCCCAUCCAUUUUUCUUAUAAUCAGUUUCUUUUUCCUCUGUUGAAUUAUACGAUUUGUCCCCUUCCUUGAAAUUUAAUGGACUUUGUGAC